AUGAAGAUGGAGGACGAAGAGGAAGAGACGGUGGAGGAGCCCAGUUUCGCCGAGGACCCGAGGGUUCAGUUCAUCGGGAGUCGCUUGGCGCACUCGCUGAGGCUCCAAGAAGACAAAUGGAGCGCGUUUCUGGAAGAGGAGGCGAAACAGCAGCUCUUGGCCGACUUCUUUGAGCACAGUCGUCCCGCAUUGCUGGCUUUCUGCCUUCCCAGGGCAGGAGGACUGGCGGCUAGUAGCAAGAUACCCAGUGGAAUGAAAUGUAAAGUCCUUUGUAUUAUGAAGACUACAGGCCACAUUGAAGCAGAAAACUACAAGACUGACCUCAGGUUUGAAGAGCUGCUUGGAGCACCUAUAGAACAUGUUAUGUUACCCAUUCUUUCGAACAAGAAAAAUCAUGAAUCCUGGCCACAUUUUGUUUCACGGGACAUGGAACGACAUGUAGAAAUCAUGAAAAAUAAAAUAUUUGUUAUGAAUGGAAUUUUGUCAGGGAGAACUCUUCUUCCUAUUCCAACGGUUGCAGCAGAGACAGACUUGAAUGAGAUGCAUGAUGAAAAUAAGCAAGAUUCUUAUACAAGGUCAGUGCUACAUGCAAUAGAAUCCAUGAUUAUCAAGUGGUCUCAUCAAAUUCGAGAUAUCGUGGAACGGAAUUCAGCUCAAACUCUUCUUUAUGGCUUUCAUCCAGAUCCAAUGAUUGAGCUUAAGUUUUGGAAGGAAAGAAAAGAUAACCUGUAUUAUAUAUAUAAGCAACUUCAGAGUCCUGUUGUUCAGAAAAUGAUUAGGAUUUUAAAAGCCAAGAACAGCAGCUAUUAUCCUACUUUUCAGGACAUUUACAAGGAAGUAGAAAAUGCUCUUGUUGAAGCCCAGGAUGUUGAACUCUACUUGAGGCCUCUGGAAGGACACAUUCAGUGCAUUCAGGAGGCAGAAUUUCAAAAAAUACAUACUUUAAUUCCACCCUUAUUCCACACCAUCUGUCUGGUCUGGAGUCACUCUGCGUUUUACAGGAUACCAGCACGAAUCAUUGUUCUGUUGCAGGAAUUCUGCAAUCUGUUUAUUGACCAGGCUAUGUCAUAUCUUUCACCAGAAGAUCUUAUGAAAAGAGAAACUGAGGAAACUUUGGAACACUUGCAAGAUGCUCUUAAUACUUUGAGGAGUUUUAAGGAUUCCUUCUUCAGUUACAGAAAAAGAAUAGUAACUUACUUCAGUAACAGCCAAGAGUUUAAAUCAUGGGAUUUUCAGCCACAGAUGAUAUUUGCCAGAUUUGAUAUGUUUCUAACCCGCUUAGAGAAAAUAGAGGAUAUUUUUGUUAUCAUGCUUCAAUUUGAAAAGCUGGAGAAGCUGGAAUUUGGUGGUAGCAAGGGGAAAAUUUUGAAUGGCCAAAUAUACAGGCUGAAUGAAGAAUUUAUGGAGUCGUGUAAAAUUUUUACAGAGAGAACAUACAACCCCUUAGACUACAACAAUGUGGAAUUUGAUGAAGACUACGACCAUUUUAAAAACAAAAUUCUGGAAUUUGAAAGACGUCUUGGAUCAAUAUUUUGUAUGGGAUUUCUUGAGUGUUCAGGUUUAGAAUCAGCAUUUAAGCUUUUAGCAAUUUUUGGAUAUUUUCUGGAGAAGCCUGUUAUUGCAGAUAUUUUUAGCCCAAAUUACAAAAUUUUACUGCAGAUGUUUGAUGAAGAGCUGUGCAACUGCAAACACUUGUACGAUGAUCACAUUAAGCAAGUGGAAGAGGGGAAUGAAAUAGUACAUAAAAACAUGCCAUUUACUUCUGGAAACCUUAAAUGGUCCCGAGAAAUUAAAGGCCGUGUACAGUCAUUUUGGUCAAACUUCUCAUUCCUGACUCACCUAAUCCUGGAAAGCUCAGAAAGUGCAUUAAUCUAUCAAAAAUAUAUAGAGAUGCUGACCUUGCUUGACCAGUAUGAAGAGGAUAUCUAUUGUAAAUGGAAAUCCAAGGUGGAUGAUGUUUGUCAGUUUAAUUUAGAUCAACCACUAAUUAAACACAGUGAUAAGGAUGGGCUCAUUAGUGUGAAUUUUGAUCCUCAGCUGGUGGCUGUUUUAAGAGAUGUCAAAUACCUCUUGCUUUUGGGUCAGCCUGAUAUUCCAAGGUCUGCAUUAGAAAUGUAUAAGAAAAGAAGAACUUUUGACAUGCACAUUGGAGUCCUUGAGCUUGUAGUACAGUGGUAUAACAAGAUUAAACAGACAGUUUUGGAAGUAGAAUACCCUCUGAUUGAAACAGAACUGAGAACAAUUGAUGAUCUGCUAGUGGAAGCUGAAAGAACAUUCACAUGGCUAGAGGAGAACUGCUGGGAGUACAUUGAAUAUGUGAAAGCCACCGUUUAUGACUUGGAGGAAAGACUUCAAAGGUCAAAGGACAAUAUUAAAGCCAUUCAACAAAUUAUGAAGGGUUGGAUGGAGCAGCUGAUCUUUUAUAGAAAAGAAAAUAAGAAGGAAACUUUGUUGAACCUGGAAGACAAAGAAGAUAGGCUUUCUAAGAAAUUCAUGUCACUUCAAGAAGACGGCCAUAAGAUCCAUACACUUGCACAGGAAAACUUAAUGCUUUUAAAAGCAGACCCAGAUUCAGAUUCCUGGAAGAUUUAUUUGGAAUUCAUUGAUGACAUUAUAGUUGAUGGUUUUUAUAAUGUCAUAAUGCACAAUUUAAACUUCUUCUUGGAAAACACAGAGCCAAGCUUGAAGACACUUCCAUUAUUCCAGGUUCAGGUGACCCUAAGUGCUCCAGAUAUUGCAUUUACACCUUCAUUGAACAAAGAAGCUGGAGAUGGCUUUUAUGAUCUAAUAGAUGAACUUUUAAGCAGUAUAUUCAAAAUGUCUGGCCAGGUGAAAAGAGUAUCCACACAUCUAGGAAUGCAGCAUUAUCAGAAUGAUAUGGACAGUAUGGUAGAGCUGUCUGAGACUAGGAAAGUGAUUAUGGGCAGAGUGGAAGAUGUUAUUACCAAAGCUGUGGACUUCAAAACCAGUUUUGAACCCUAUGCUUAUCUUUGGACAGAAGACAGAUCUGAGUUUAUGAAACAGUUUCUUUUUGAUGGACAUAUGUCAGCUUCUGGAGAAACUGAAACUCCUGCUGAUGUUGGUAAAUCUGAUCAACACCCAACAACUGAACAAUUUAAAGAGCAGAUUGACAUCUAUGAGAAUCUUUAUAGUCAAGUAAGCAAACUUGAAGAUUUCAGAAUAUUUGAAGGGUGGUUUAAAUUAGACCUGAAACCUUUCCUAAUUUGUUUGUUAAACAUCAUUAAGAAAUGGAGUUGGAUGUUCAAAGAAUACCUUUUGAGAUUUGUCAUUGACAGCCUGACAGACCUAGAAGAAUUCAUUAAAAUGACAGAUGCUGGGCUCCAAAAAGAAUUAAAGGAAGGAGAUUAUAAUGGACUGAUAGAUGUCAUGGUUCACCUCCUGGCUGUGAGAGACAGGCAAACAACUACCAAUGAGCUUUUUAAACCUCUAAAAGAUACUAUUAUACUCUUGGAAAGCUAUGGACAGAAGAUGCCAGAUCACAUUUAUGUCCUAGUAGAGGAACUGCCUGAAAGAUGGAACAUGACCAAAAAACUUGCUAUAUCUAUAAAGCAUGAAGUGGCUCCUCUUCUGACUUCUGAGGUCACCCUUCUCAGAAAAAAAUGUGCAGCUUUUGAUGGAAAGCAGAUAGGAUUCAGAGAAAGAUUUAGAGUGGAUGCUCCCUUUCAUUGUGAUGCCAAAAACCCAUAUGCGCUUCUUGAUAAGGCAAAUAGGGAGCUGGAGGCACUGGAAGAAGAAAUGUCACACUUAAAGGAAUCUGCCAACCUUUUUGAAGUGAUAAUGCCAGAUUACAAGCAAAUGAAACAAUGUCGCAAGGAAAUACAACUUCUCAAGAGAGUGUGGGAUAUUAACAUUUAUGUUACAAGUGCCAUUAAUGACUGGACCAAAAGCCAUUGGAGAGAGAUUAGUAUGGAAGCAAUGGAUGUAGAGCUCAGAAGGUUUGCCAAGGACAUGUGGUCAUUGGAUAAAGAAGUUCGUUCCUGGAAUGUAUAUAUUGGUUUAGAGUUAACAAUAAAGAACAUGUUGACAUCACUGAGGGUUAUAACAGAGCUUCAGAAUCCUGCAAUGAGAGACAGACACUGGUAUCAGCUGAUGGAUGCAAUAGGUGUUCAUUUUUUAGUGAGCAAACAUACAACAUUAGCGGAGUUGCUGGCACUGAAGCUACACAAGUUUGAAGAUGACAUUAGAAGUAUUGCUGACAAAGCAGUGAAAGAGCUAGGCACUGAAAAGAUUCUCAUAGAAAUCAGUCAGAUAUGGACGACAAUGGAGUUUACCUAUGAAAAGCAUUACAGGACCAAUAUUCCUUUGCUGAAAAUUGAUGAACAGCUUUUUGAGACUUUAGACAAUAACCAAGUUCAGCUGCAAACAAUUCUACAGAGCAAAUAUGUUGAAUAUUUCAUUGAACAAGUCUUAAGCUGGCAGAAAAAGUUGAAUGUGGCAGACGCAGUCAUAUUCAUUUGGAUGGAUGUUCAGCGUACAUGGGCACAUCUAGAAACCAUUUUCAUUGGCUCGCAUGAUAUCAGAGAUCAGCUUCCCCUAGAUGCAAAACGAUUUGAUGGCAUUGAUUCAGAUUUUAAGGAGUUAAUGAUUGACUCAGCAAAUACAAAAAAUGUAUUGGAAGCAACAACAAAACCCAAUUUAUAUGAAAAACUUGAAGACCUGCAACACAGACUUUCCAUUUGUGAAAAAGCCCUUGCUGAAUAUUUAGAAACCAAACGUUUAGCUUUUCCUCGGUUCUAUUUUGUUUCAUCUGCUGAUCUCCUUGACAUUCUCUCAAAAGGAGCCCAGCCAAAACAGGUGACCUGCCAUCUUAUUAAACUUUUUGACAAUACUGCUGAUCUUAAAUUUCAAGACAACAAUGAGAAAUCCAGGAAUACUGCAUUAGGGAUGUACAGCAAAGAAAAGGAAUAUGUCCCAUUUAAUGCAGAACUUGAGUGUGUCGGUCAGGUGGAAACAUGGUUAAAACGUCUUGAAGAAACCAUGUGUGAAACAGUACGUCAUCACAUCACCGAAGCUGUUGGUCUGUAUGAGGAAAAGCCCAGAGAACAGUGGAUUUUUGACUAUCCAGCUCAAGUAGCACUCACUGGCUCUCAAAUCUGGUGGACUACAGAUGUGGGAAUAGCAUUCAGCAGGCUGGAAGAAGGAUAUGAAACAGCUUUGAAAGAUUAUAAUAAAAAACAGAUUGCUCAGCUAAAUGCUCUUAUCUGUCUCUUGUUGGGAGAGCUCACAUCCAGUGACAGACAGAAGAUUAUGACUAUAUGUACAAUAGAUGUUCAUGCAAGGGAUGUGGUGGCAAAGCUUGUUGCUCAAAAGAUCACUAGUUCCCAAGCUUUUGCUUGGCUAUCGCAGCUACGCCAUAGAUGGGAUGGGGUCCAGAAACAUUGCUUUGCCAACAUAUGUGAUGCUCAGUUCCAGUACUACUAUGAGUACCUGGGAAAUACCCCUCGGCUAGUUAUUACACCUUUGACUGACAGGUGCUACAUUACUCUGACACAAUCUCUUCACUUGACAAUGAGUGGGGCUCCUGCAGGUCCAGCUGGGACAGGGAAAACGGAGACCACCAAAGAUUUGGGCCAUGCCCUUGGGAUGAUGGUCUAUGUCUUCAACUGUUCAGAACAGAUGGAUUACAAGUCCAUAGGAAACAUCUAUAAAGGUUUAGUCCAGACAGGAGCUUGGGGAUGCUUUGAUGAAUUUAACCGAAUUUCUGUUGAAGUUCUUUCAGUUGUGGCAGUACAAGUAAAGACUAUCCAUGAUGCAAUAAGAAAUAAGAAAAAGGAAUUUUUGUUCCUUGGAGAAAAUAUUACAUUGAAGCCAUCAGUUGGAAUAUUUAUUACUAUGAAUCCAGGCUAUGCCGGCCGAACAGAAUUACCUGAAAAUCUUAAAGCUCUUUUCAGACCCUGUGCAAUGGUUGUCCCUGACAUUGAACUAAUCUGUGAGAUUAUGCUGGUUGCUGAGGGGUUUGUUGAUGCACGCUUGUUAGCGAGGAAGUUUAUUACCUUGUAUAAACUCUGUGGAGAGCUUCUCUCUAAACAGGAUCAUUAUGACUGGGGUCUUCGUGCUGUUAAAUCGGUCCUGGUAGUUGCUGGCUCCCUGAGGCGAGGAGACAAAACUAGACCUGAGGAUCAAGUACUUAUGCGAGCCUUAAGGGACUUCAACUUGCCUAAGAUAGUGACAGAUGAUAGCCCAAUUUUCAUGGGCCUGAUCAGUGACCUAUUUCCAGCUCUGGAUGUUCCGAGGAAGAGGGACCUGCAAUUUGAACAGAUGGUUAAACAAUCUACCCUGGAGCUUUGUUUGCAGCCUGAGGAGAGCUUUAUUCUCAAAGUUGUUCAGCUUGAAGAGCUGCUGGCAGUGCGUCAUUCUGUCUUCGUAGUUGGAAAUGCAGGCACGGGGAAAAGUGAGAUCCUGAGAACGCUGAACAGGACUUAUACAAACAUGAAGCUGAAGCCUGUUUGGAAUGAUCUGAAUCCCAAAGUUGUGACUACUGAUGAGCUUUUUGGUUUUAUACAUCAGGCUACUCGGGAAUGGAAAGAUGGUCUCUUUUCAUUUCUUUUGAGAGAACAAGUUAAUAUUGUCCAUAAUGGGCCAAAAUGGAUUGUCUUAGAUGGGGACAUAGACCCUAUGUGGAUUGAGUCACUCAAUACUGUUAUGGAUGAUAACAAGGUGCUGACUCUUGCUAGCAGUGAACGGAUUCCUUUGACUCCAACAGUGAGACUUCUGUUUGAGAUCCACCAUUUAAAAACAGCUACUCCAGCUACCGUAUCUAGAGCAGGUAUUUUGUAUGUAAAUCCACAGGAUCUUGGUUGGAAUCCGUACGUUGCAAGCUGGAUAGAAAGAAGGAGUGAUCAAUCUGAAAAAGCAAAUUUGACUAUUCUCUUUGAUAAAUAUGUUCCUCCAUGCUUAGAUCAACUCAAAACAAAAUUUAAAACAAUCAUACCUAUCACUGAGAACAGCAUGGUUCAGACUCUCUGUUCUCUCCUUGACUGUUUGCUGACCCCUGAAAAUGUGUCUCUUGAUUGUCCGAGAGAACUGUAUGAGACAUAUUUUGGUUUUGCUUGUGUGUGGGCAUUUGGUGGGGUUCUCUUUCAAGAUCAGCUCUCCAAUUAUCAAGAAGAAUUUAGUCAUUGGUGGCAGAAAGAGAUGAAAGUUGUAAAGUUUCCAUCGCAUAGUACAAUUUUUAAUUAUUGUAUUGACUCAAAGACCAAGAGAUUUGUGCCCUGGAGUGACAAAAUAGUUCCUGUUCACCUGGAUCCAGAUACACCCUUGCAGGCAGUCCUUGUUCACACAUCGGAGACCACAUGUCUCAAAUAUUUUACUAGUUUACUGUUGGAGAAAAGCAAGCCUGUGAUGCUAGUUGGAAAUGCUGGAGUGGGGAAAACAGUAUUUAUUGGGGAAUGCCUUGCUGGCCUUUCUGAGGAUUUCCUGGUAUCCAAAGUUCCCUUCAACUAUUAUACAACAUCAGCUGCACUACAAAGGAUUCUUGAGAAACCCUUGGAGAAAAAAGCUGGCCGUAACUAUGGUCCAGUGGGAAACAAGAAGCUGAUUUAUUUCAUUGACGAUGUAAACAUGCCUGAAGUAGAUGUGUAUGGAACAGUUCAGCCUCAUACACUGAUUCGGCAACAUAUAGAUUAUGGGCAUUGGUAUGAUAGGCAGAAGUUAAGUGUAAAGGAGAUUCAUAAUUGUCAGUAUGUUGCCUGUAUGAACCCAACCGUUGGCAGCUUCACAAUCAACCCCCGACUCCAAAGACAUUUUGCAGUGUUUGCAAUGAACUUUCCAUCCACUGAUGCUUUAAGCACUAUCUACAGCAAGAUCCUUGAUUUCCACUUCCAGCGGCAUGCCUUUAAUCCAUCAAUGCUAAAACAUGGGGUUUCUGUGAUCCAGGCAGCAAUAUGGCUUCACCAGAUAAUGGUUCAGAACUUUCUACCCACAGCUAUUAAAUUCCAUUAUAUUUUCAAUCUCCGAGACCUCUCCAGUGUCUUCCAGGGGAUUCUGUUUGCUAAACCAGAAUGUCUAAAGCAUCCAAAUGAUCUCAUACGUCUGUGGUUUCAUGAGUCUUCUCGUGUUUAUGGAGAUAAAUUGGUGGAAGCAAAAGAUUGCAAUUUCCUUCAUAAGAAAUUGGUUGACACUGCACAUAAAUAUUUUGAGGGUGUGGAAGAUCAUAUUCUUCUCCAGCAACCACUUAUUUACUGUCAUUUUGCAAAUGGGGUGGCAGACCCUAACUACAUGCCUGUCAAGAAUUGGGACAUGUUGAGAAAGAUACUUGUGGAGACUCUUGAAAACUACAAUGAACUGAAUGCAUCAAUGAACUUAGUUUUAUUUGAAGAUGCCAUGCAACACAUCUGUCGUAUUAGUCGAAUCUUGGAAUCCUCUUGUGGUUAUGCGCUUUUGGUUGGAGUAGGGGGCAGUGGCAAACAAAGCCUAUCACGACUGGCUGCAUUCAUUGGAUCUCUUGAAGUGUUUCAAAUUACACUGAAGAAAGGCUAUGGGAUUCAGGACCUCAGGGUAGAUCUUGCCAAUCUGUACAUCAAGGCAGGAGCCAAGAACAUUCCCACUGUGUUUUUGCUGACAGAUGCUCAGGUUCCAGAUGAACACUUUCUUGUGCUGAUUAAUGACUUGUUGGCGUCAGGAGAAGUUCCAGAUCUAUUUAGUGAUGAAGAUAUGGAUGCUGUAAUUGCAGGAAUUAGAAAUGAAAUACGGGGGCAUGGUCUUGUUGAUACCAGAGAAAACUGUUGGAAGUUUUUUUUAGACAGAGUACGACGCCAGCUAAAGAUCAUUAUGUGUUUCUCUCCUGUCGGUUCCACACUGAGAGUUAGAGCUCGGAAGUUCCCAGCCAUAGUUAACUGCACAGCUAUUGACUGGUUUCAUGAGUGGCCACAGGAGGCCCUGCUGUCCGUCAGCAGGAGGUUCAUUGAUGAGACGCCUGGGAUUAAGCCAGAGUUUUAUGACUCCAUUUGUCACUUCAUGGCCUAUGCUCAUACCAGUGUCAAUGAGAUAAGUGUGAAGUUUCGUCAGAAUGAGAAGCGGUACAACUAUACAACUCCAAAAAGCUUUCUAGAACAAAUCAUACUUUACAAGAACCUUCUAGAAAAGAAUGUCCAGAAAAUAUCCGAGCAUAAAGAACAUCUUGUAAAUGGCAUUCAAAAACUAAAGACAACAUCUUCUCAGGUGGAGGACUUAAAAUACAAACUUGCCUCUCAAGAAGCAGAACUGCAACUGAGAAAUCAAGAUGCUGAAGCUUUGAUUACCAAGAUAGGACUUCAGACUGAGAAAGUGAGCAAGGAAAAGGCCAUUGCUGAUGCAGAGGAGCAAAAGGUCAGU